CUAAUUAAUCAAACAAUCUCAUAUCAAGUGAUCAACCCCUCUCAUUCUCAAUAGCCAUGGUUUCAAAUCUCCUCUUCUCUUCCUUCACCAUCUCUCUCAUUCUUCUUUCUCUCUCAUCUUCUCCAUCUUCCGCUGCAAAUGUCUCUCCUUCCAGCCCAACCUCCACCGGAACCAUUUGCAACUACACUCCAUACCCUUCCUUCUGCAAAACCGUACUUCCAAACAACAACUCUGCCAAUGUCUACGACUACGGUCGAUUAUCACUCCGAAAAUCUCUAUCUUCUGCCAGUAAAUUUCUCUCUUUAAUCGACAACUAUCUUCGCCGUUCCUCGUCCUUAACACCCACCGCUAUUAACGCUCUCCAAGAUUGUCGAUUUCUAGCUUCUCUCAACAUGGAUUUUCUCACAACUUCUUUCCAAACCGUCAAUGCUACCGCCACAACUCUUCCUACUAUGGAUGCUGAUGAUGUGCAGACAAUGCUCAGUGCCAUUCUAACAAACACACAGACCUGUUUGGAUGGCCUUCAAGCUACUUCUCAAUCUUGGAGUGUGAAGAAUGGUCUUUACACACCUCUAGCUAAUGACACAAGAUUGUAUAGUGUUUCUUUAGCUCUGUUUACCAAAGGGUGGGUUCCGAAUAAGAAGAAGGGGAAAAUGAAACCCAGUAGGAAGCUGUUGGCUUUUCAGAACGGUCGGUUGCCAUUGAAAAUGUCUAGCAAGAACCAGGUCAUUUAUGAGUCUGUGAGUAGAAAAAAGCUUCUUCAAGCAAGUAUUGAUGGGCAGGUUGUGGUGAGCGACAUGGUGGUCGUGAGCCAGGAUGGGAGUCAUAAUUUCACCACUAUUAAUGAUGCUGUGGCUGCAGCUCCGAACAAUACUCAUGCUAAUAAUGGGUAUUUUGUGAUAUAUGUCACCGCCGGUGUGUACCAAGAGUAUGUGUCGAUUGCAAAGAACAAGAAAUUCUUGAUGAUGAUCGGCGAUGGUAUUAAUCAGACAGUUGUCACUGGCAAUCGUAGUUUUGUUGAUGGCUCCACCACGUUCAAUUCUGCAACCUUCGCUGUGGUCGGACAAGGAUUUGUGGCAGUCAACAUGACAUUCCGUAACACAGCCGGUGCAAUCAAACACCAAGCAGUCGCAGUCCGAAACGGUGCUGAUCUGUCUACAUUCUACAAGUGCAGCUUUGAAGCAUACCAAGACACACUAUAUGCACAUUCCCUCAGGCAAUUCUACAGAGAAUGUGACAUUUACGGCACAGUCGAUUUCAUAUUUGGUAAUGCCGCGGCCGUGUUCCAAAACUGCAACAUGUAUCCGAGGGAGCCCUUAUCCGGCCAAUUCAAUGCCAUCACGGCCCAAGGCAGAACAGACCCGAAUCAGAACACCGGCAUUUCGAUUCAAAAUUGUGCAAUCAGAGCAGCCGAUGAUUUGGCUUCGAGCAAUAGUACCGUACAAACAUAUCUAGGACGGCCAUGGAAACUGUACUCGAGGACCGUUUAUAUGCAAUCUUUCAUGGAUAGUUUGAUAAAUCCUUUGGGAUGGCACGAAUGGGAUGGUGAUUUUGCACUGAAUACAACAUAUUAUGCGGAGUUUAAUAACACGGGACCCGGAUCGGACACUAGUGGGAGAGUGACAUGGUCUGGAUACCACAUUAUUAGCGCUACAGAUGCGAUAAAUUUCACUGUUUCAAAUUUCCUGGUGGGGGAUGCUUGGUUGUCUCAGACUGGAGUGACAUUCACUAGUGGCUUAUUAUGAGCUGAACCCUUGCUAGGUCUUUUUGAUAUUUGAUUCUUGUAAUUGUGCAACUACUUGCCAUUAAUUAGGUCUAUCUUCUUUGAUUCUUGUAGUAAUAAGGAUGUAAACCCAAGCUUGCACAAAUGCACAGCUUUGGUGAUUUUAAUUUUUGAAUUCAACUGUUAUAUUAAUUCAAAUAAGGUCAAUAUUUGUUAUUGAGAUUGAAAAAAAUAAAUGCCAUAUACAAUAAUAUUUGGUACUCA